AAUUUCACCUGUUCCAUAUUUGACGAGUAAAAAGUUGCAGUAUCAUAAAGAAAUUUUUUGCCUCUACUAAAAUGCUUCUUUUGUAAUCAUGCUUCGUUCAGUUAUCAAAUAACUUUGUUCCAUUUUCUAGUAGUGCAUCAGACUUUAGAUCUUGUUCAGUAGCCCGUAUGAAUGGUAAAAAACCAUUCAGCUGAAAAAUGUUGUCACAGGACAUUUUUUUUAUUUGAAAGAGCGUCUGCUACGAUCUGCCUUUCUCAUGACGGUCGAAAAAUUCUUUGUCUCUGUUCUAUUUACGCGGAAACAUCCAUUAGAACGAUUUUAACGAUGUUAACCCAAUAUUUCAUUUUUUGUACCUGAAGUUUUUGUCGCAGAAAUAUUUUUUAUUGUGCAUUGGAAAGGACACAUUUUAGUCUAUUGUAAAACGUCUCUCUGGCAUUUUGAUAUCAAGGUUUAAUGGCAAAAACAGGACCAGAGGUCUUCAUUCGUUUAUGUUUGGAAAGUGUCAUAUUUUUCACUUUUUGUAUUUCGCGUUAAGCUGCGUCUUUUUUCAUUCCACAAAAGCCAUUUACCUGUGGGACUGUACUGAAAAUAAUCGCAGGUCAAACGAGUUUGAAGCGGCUAAGUUAUUUACAAAAUACUGAAGGUAUCAUUUAUUCUGGGCCACCCAAUACAAUAAAAUUUUUAUUUCCAAAUUCAGACCACUUUCUAAAUCUAAUUAAUAAUUAUAAAAAAAAGCAGCCUGCACUUGUAGUACUUUCGUUUCUUUUCUAUCGUCACGCCAUCGUUUUUUUCUCUUGUUAUGUCUGCAUACGAGGAGUCACUUUAUUCACUUACUCACGUCUAUUUCGUAUAACCCUAUUAUUUUAAUGAUCCAUUAUUUGAACCAGAAUUAUGGCUAUAUUUCGAUGCUGGUGAACAGUGUAUCGAUUAUAUAAAAACGAAUCCAACAAAAAAAGUAUUUUUAAUAAUUACGGGACGUCUAGGUCAACAAAUAAUACCUGAAUUACACAAUUUGAUACAAUUACAUUCUAUUUAUAUUUAUUGUGGUGAUAUUACAGUACAUAAACAAUGGUCAUAUAAUUUCGAUAAAAUCACUGAUGUUUAUAAUGAUCCAGUUAAACUAUUAGUACAAUUUCAAAAGGAUUUAGUUGAAUAUGGUCUACAACUUCAAAGUAUUCCUAAAAUAAUUAAUGAAAAUAACUCAAAAGUAAAUAUAUUUUCUCAACCGGAUCAAAACUGGUGUCCAUGGGAAACAAAUAGUUGUACAAAAAAAUUAACAUUAAAAGGUCAAUGUACAAUUGAAAUUAUUCAAUUUGAACUGAUACCAUUUGAAUUGUCAUUAACUAACAUAGAAAAUCUAAAUGAAAAAAAUAUUUUUGGUAUUCUAUUAAAUGUUACUAGUGAAAAUGUAACAAUAAGUAAAAUAGUUGAUCAUGACAUAAUUUUAUUACAAGAAUCAUCUGAUGAUGAAAGUAUAUUACAAAAUGAUUGUUUUGAAUUACCAAACAAUAUUUAUUGGUUUAGUUUAGAUUCGGACAAUUUACUCGUCAAAUAUGGAACAGGUGAAAUUCGAGAUUAUUGUAAAAUAAUCGAAUGUUAUUUAACCGAACAAGAUAGACAACAGUUAAAAGAAAUAAAAUUUAUGCAUAUUAAAUUAAAUAAUAAUGUUAACAUUAAUGAAUUAGAAUAUUUAAAAAAUAAAAUUCAAAUUAAUAUUGGUGUAAAACCAGUUUUGAGUGAUCCACCAUUGCUAAUUUUGACCGAUACACAUUUUACAAAUGUAGACGAUUUAAUUAAUCUAACAGGUGUAUCUGUCUCAGCUCUAGAAGAACCAUGUCGUAAAUUGUACUCGAAUAUAAGUAAUUUUAAUUUGAAUACCGAUGAUUUUCCUCAUUUUACUAAAACCAUUGAAGAAAGUAUACGAAAUCCAAAUGGUUGGUGUUACAAAAAGUUACGUGAAAAAGUGAAUCAUUUUGGUAAACGAAAUUUACGAACAACAUAUUUAAGAAUAACAUUAGAUAGAAAUAUUCAUAUUGUAUCGGGAAUACCGUAUGUUCUGGAAAUUUGGCCAUCUGGACAUAAUAGUCCAAUUCAUAAUCAUGGAAACUCAUAUGGAAUUAUACGCGUCUUAUAUAAUGAAAUUUUAAUAAGUUUAUAUCGUUCAUUAAAUGAAAAUAAUCAAAAAUCAAUUAUAACACGUCUUUUACAUGAAAAUGAUUGUACAUGGAUAUUACCAAAAUUAAAUCAAACACAUCAAAUAUCGAAUGUAAGUCGUCAAUGUUGUAUUAUGCUACAAUGUUAUCAAUACGAUAAAGAAGAUACAAAACAUUAUGAAUAUUUUAAUUAUAUAAAUAAUACUGAUAAAACACUAAAUCAUUUUAAUUUGGAAUCGGAUAUGGACUAUAUUGAAUUUAAGAACAUGAUGAGACGAGAACUAAUAGAAAAAUAA